UUCCUUCUUUUCUUAGUUUUUCUUCAUUUUCAGUUCCCUGAUACGAAGAAGGAAAGAAAAUUAAUGUUUAGAUUUCUUGCUUUUUUUUAAGUAAUUCUAUGCAUGCGUCCACCGAGUUACCGCAAUGGGUUGUAAUGGGUUCAUCUCUUUUACGAGUAAUUCAAUACGGGGGAAGAGAAACUUCUUUUUCUGCUUUUUUCUUGGGAACCAAACAGUAACAAGUGUAGAUUGUAGAAGCGUGGAAGUUUCUAAAUUUGUGCGGCCAAAGCAGGGUGGUUUUGGUUUGACUAUUAACGUAAUUGAGUGUGCAUUUUGGAUUUUGAACGAGUCAUUGGUGUUGGGUUUGGAUUAAAUUGGUUUGACUUUUAUUAUAUAUAAUUUAGUGGUUGAAGAUGGGAAUGAACACUUGGUUUUAGUAGUUGGGCAAAUUGCGGACUUUGCAUCAAAGGGUUUCUCCUGAAUAGUCAAUUGGAGAAUUUUAGCUUGAAAAGUUCUUACUGCUUGUUUGGGAGAGGGUGGACAUCAAUAAUAGCGAAAGACGUGCAUGACCUCAAAUGAAGUACUGAUGUGCUUAUAGUAAAUGAAGACAGCUCAAACGUGGCAUCUAGACAUGGGUGAUAUGCAGAUCUUGCCAGGCGCUCGCCACCGCCCUCCUUUGAAGAGGCCAAUAUGGAUUAUUGUCUUGGUUUCAAUGGUCAGCCUAUUUCUAGUGUGUGCUUAUGUCUAUCCUCCCCAAAGCAGUGCUGCUUGUUAUGUUUCUUCUAGCGGCUGCAAGGUUCUUACUCAUUGGCUUCCACCAGCUCCUGCAAAAGAUUAUACGGAUGGAGAAAUUGCUUCUCAGAUUGUGGUUAGGGAAAUUUUGAAUGCAGCUUAUGUUCCAUCAAAAAAUGCUAAAAUUGCCUUCAUGUUCUUGAGCCCGGGUUCAUUACCUUUUGAGAAGCUAUGGGAGAAGUUUUUCCAUGGUCAUGAAGGCAGAUUCUCUGUUUAUGUGCAUGCUUCCAAGGACAAGCCAGUUCAUGUGAGCCGAUACUUUGUCAAUCGGGAGAUACACAGUCGCCAGGUGGUGUGGGGAAAAAUUUCAAUGGUUGAUGCAGAGAGACGGCUUUUGGCAAAUGCAUUGAAGGAUCCUGAAAACCAGCAUUUUGUCUUACUUUCUGAUAGUUGUGUGCCAUUGCACAACUUUGAUUAUGUUUACAACUAUCUGAUGUACACAAAUAUAAGCUUUGUUGAUUGCUUUUAUGAUCCUGGACCACAUGGGAAUGGUAGGUAUUCAGAGCAUAUGUUGCCUGAAGUUGAGAAGAAAGACUUCAGAAAGGGUGCGCAGUGGUUCUCAAUGAAGCGACAACAUGCGGUGAUUGUUGUGGCUGAUAGUACUUACUAUUAUAAAUUCCGGCAGUUCUGCAAGCCUGGUCUGGAAGGGAAAAAUUGCAUAGCUGAUGAACAUUAUUUACCGACCUUUCUCCACUUGGCUGAUCCUCUUGGAAUUGCAAAUUGGUCAGUAACACAUGUUGAUUGGUCUGAGAGAAAAUGGCAUCCAAAAUCUUAUAGGGCUCAAGAUAUUACUUAUGAACUUCUGAAGAAUAUUACGUCAAUUGACCUUAGUGUGCACGUGACAAGUGACGAAAAGAGGGAAGUGCAGAUACAGCCAUGCUUAUGGAAUGGUAUCCAACGACCAUGCUACUUAUUCGCGAGGAAAUUCUACCCAGAAACUAUUGAUAACCUCUUGCAGCUAUUCUCCAACUAUACGACAAUUUGAGUGAGAGAUGUUUUUGACUAAAUUCUUUCUGUGGUCGGAUGAAUAGUUCUCUUCGACCUCCCCCAACUCCACUUGGAUUCGAUUCUUCCAUAUAUCUUAAAAAUUUGUAAAUGGUGGUGCAUUGCUGAGAAGUGAAUGUCGCCUGGCAUGGUUCUUGUAUUUUGGGGGUAAAAAUUGAGAUUGUAUAUUAACUUUUGGCUACUUACCACUUUAAAUUCAAAUUUCUGAAUCAUAGUUUCAACAAACAAAAAAAAAGGCUAAAUGAAUUAUAAAGUUCUAUUUCAUGGGCGAAGG